AAGAAUUUCCGAAUAUUCAUUCGUCUCCUAAUUUGCUACGCAAUUUUCAAGUGCUAAAAGAAAGGGACUUCAACUUUGGGCAUUCCCGAGAAUGCUUUGAAAGUAUCAAACAUUUGUCUUGCAGUGUAUAUCGUCAUUUCUAGGGUCAAGAUUUACGCCACCUUUCUCCUCUCUUCAUGUUGCUUGCUAAGUCACUUGUUCGCUAUCAGUAUUUGUAUUUCUCUUUAACAAUGAAAUAUUGCUUCUAGAGUUUCUUUAUUACAGAGACAGAGACUUCAGAACAAAAACCAGAGGACAGACGAGAUCCUAAUUGAUGACGGUAAGUGCUCCUGAUUAUUUUUGGGACUUGAAAACGCUCUUGGACACUACAUAAUUCCAGAUUCAAAAUCUGCUCUGCACCAUCGUUCCCACGUGCCGAAGUUCGGGAAUUGGGACGGCGAUGACGAGCAGUACACAGCAUGCUUCGAGACCGCGCGCAGAGAGAAGGACUUGACGACGAUGACGAUGGUGAACCCAAACGAUCCAGAGCAAAACCCAGAGGCUUUCAAUUUCUUGACAGGAGCCGCCGCCGCCGCAGCCGGCGAUGGCUCGGUCUCCCGCAACUCAAACAGCUCGUCGGCAAGAAGCGGCCGUAGAAGGAACCUUUCGCAUCAGAGGAGCAGGGAAAGCUAUGGGAGCUUAACACCAGCAGAGUCUGUGAGCUCGAGAAGUAACUAUUCCGAUCAUUCUGUGCUGCAGAGAUGCGAGAACAAAAGGAUCAUAUCUAAAGGAGGCAGUGUUGGUCAUACCGGCAGCUUCUCUUCCUCAAGCAAUCAUCGACGGGGAAGCGGAAGCCAUUCUUCUCGUGACUACGAAGUAAUACUCAAAUCUCAGAAUCAAAAGGGAACGGCAAUACCAAAAUUUGGGGAGUGGGACGAAGAGGAUCCAAAAUCAGGAGAAAGUUUCACUGUGAUCUUCAGCAAACUUAAACAAGAGAAGCAUGCUGAGCCUGGUCAUCUCCCUGAUGCGCCUCCACAACUUGUUCAUUUCUCGGAUGUGCAUCAUCAGCGUCACAGGCCUUCCCAUAAAACCACUCGGUCCAAGAACUAUUGUUGUUUUUUCAAGUGAAAGCAAACGAAGGUGGAAUUGCUAUCAUCUGCUUUGGCCCCCACAAACCCUACCAUGUAUAAUUAUCUUUUUGCACCAUUAUAAAUUGUCUUCACUUCACUUUCUUUUAUCUUUUUUUCCGAAGAUGUUCUGGUUUGGAUUUUCACAGCCAUAUAGUGUUCCUUACCAUUAUUUUAAUCACUGAA